AUGGAGCUGAAAAGAGAUUUUACCGCGACUUCAGCGCUUUGCUGCUGCUGGAUCUGGAUCUGCAGCUCCGUGCUGGCUGAAGACUGGACUCGUGUUCACACCGAGGAUGAGCUCUUCAGGAGCUUGUUUGGGGGCUACAGCAAGUGGACGCGGCCGGCACGAAACAUCACCGAUGUGGUUAUCGUCAAGUUCGGGCUCUCGAUCGCACAGCUGAUAGAUGUGGACGAGAAAAAUCAGAUGAUGACGACCAACGUGUGGCUGAAACAGGAAUGGACUGACUACAAGCUGCAGUGGAGUCCGUCCGACUUCGACAACGUGACGUCCAUCAGAGUCCCUUCUGAGCUCAUCUGGGUGCCCGACAUUGUGCUGUACAACAAUGCAGAUGGAGAGUUUGCCGUCACCCACAUGACCAAGGCCCAUCUCUUUCACACUGGUCGUAUCCGCUGGGUGCCACCAGCUAUCUACAAGUCCUCCUGCUCCAUUGACGUCACCUUCUUCCCCUUCGACCAGCAGAGCUGCAAGAUGAAGUUUGGCUCCUGGACGUACGACCGCGCCAAGAUCGACCUGGAGCCCUUUGAGAACACGGUGGACCUGAAGGAUUACUGGGAGAGCGGAGAGUGGGCAAUUGUCAACGCCGUGGGCACCUACAACACCAAGAAGUAUGACUGCUGCCACGAGAUCUACCCCGACAUCACCUACUACUUUGUCAUCCGCCGCCUCCCGUUGUUCUACACCAUCAACCUCAUAAUCCCCUGCCUCCUCAUCUCCUGCCUCACCGUCCUGGUCUUCUACCUCCCGUCAGACUGCGGUGAGAAGAUCACCCUGUGCAUCUCCGUGCUGCUGUCGCUCACCGUCUUCCUGCUGCUCAUCACCGAGAUCAUCCCGUCCACGUCGCUGGUCAUACCACUGAUCGGGGAGUAUCUGCUCUUCACUAUGAUUUUCGUCACGCUGUCCAUCGUCAUCACCGUGUUUGUGCUGAACGUGCACCACCGCUCGUCAGCGACUCACACCAUGCCUCGAUGGGUUCGGAGGCUUUUCCUGUCGGCGGUGCCACGCUGGCUGUGCAUGAAGCGACCAGAACAUGGUGUCAGGCCUGUAAGGCGGCGCCACCUGACUGAUAAACUCCUCCCUGUCCGGACUCCAGGCCCCUCCCACAGCUCAUCCACCUGGCUCACCCAGGAGUCUGACAUCGAUCUCCACGGUUACCAGGAUGAGAACGGUUGCCACAGCAGCCACCAGCUCAACUCCUUGGAUACCGGAGAUGUAAUCCACUACUGCGACCUUCACGGUUACAUAAACGCAGAUCAUUUGGGGAGGUUUGGGGUGAGAGUAGCUGGUCGGCCGAGGAUUUCUCCCCUGUCUCCUCCUUUCCCUCCAUCUCUCGGUUACAUCCUCCUCCCACAGAGAGACUCCUCACUCAGCCUGGCUUGGGACACCCCUUCUGUGGAUUCAAACCUGUCGGCCUCUGUUCUGUCUCCUGCGGUGGUGUCGGCGCUGGAGGGGGUGACCUACAUCGCAGAGCAUCUCCGAGCCGAGGAUGCAGACUUCUCAGUGAAGGAGGACUGGAAGUAUGUCGCCAUGGUUGUAGACCGGAUCUUCCUGUGGAUGUUCAUUAUCGUAUGUCUGCUGGGGACAGUCGGACUCUUCCUGCCUCCGUGGCUCUCUGGGAUGUUUUAAAACCAAACUGGG